GAGAAGUGGAGAGGAGAGAAGAGGAGAGAAGAGGAGAGGAGAGGAGAGAAGAGAAGUGAAGGAAAAACAGUGCAGGAAUGGCAGACUGUUUUCAAUCGGUUGGGGGUGUGAGUCCUCAUCAGACAGAGCGGCAGGGGGAGGAGCCCCAAGUGUCCCCCAAAACCAGUCAGCCACUCUGGGCGGAGUCACACUUCCCUUACUCCGCCCACGACAACCGCUCCUCUCUACUUACCAGCAUCCAUGUGUUUGACGGGGGUCUGGGCCGUAGGAAGUAUGUAGGCGACCGUCGACAGCAGAACUCUAAUUUCUGCUUGUGUCACAUGAACGUUCCCGGACCAGCAGCUGAGGUCACCUCCACCUACCAGACUAACUUCCUGUCCAAACAGGAAGUGGAGGCCACCCGAAGCCGGCGCUUUCCCAGAAGCCACCAGGAGCGCAGCAGUGUGGCAUCCAAUCAGCUACAGCAGCAGGACCCCUUCCUCUGGUUCAGUCGCCACGACGCCCCACACACACACACACCACUGCACGUGCUCGCUGCCAUCAACAAUCCCUUAAUGUCUCACACAGACACACACAGACACUAACACACACACACACACACACACACACCACUGAACAUGCUCGCUGUCUUCAAUAAUACCUCAAUGUCCCAGAUGCACUGCACCCAUCACAAUGAACACUAGAACCAUCAUCAUCACCACCACCAUCAUCAUCAUCACUCCAGUUCUGUGCCAACUCAAGAACUUCAGACCAGACAGGAAUCUUUGAUUCCAUGUUCAUCAUCAUUUAAUCAUUAUCAUUCCAAAUGCCAUAAACUUUAUAUCACCUUCAUAA